CUAAAUAAAAGGAGGAAAGAAAAAUAAAAUAGAAGAUCGGACGAUUUUCUGUGACGCCAGCUUAUACAGAGUUGUUACUUUGUGACGCGAUUUACAUAUAAAUGUUUUCAUAAAUUAAACAUUAUAAGUGUAAAUAUAAAACAGAAACAUAUUUGCAUUAAUAUUGUUUUUAAAAAUUUAUCGGACUCAUUAAUUUCGCUAGAAUAAUUGCUUUUUAAGAAACGUAAACGUACGCUUUGCCAUAAAGUAAACAAGUUGCAAUUGUGCGGAUUUUAAUACAAAAGAUUCGGGCGAAUGUCUUCAAAUCUCUUAUUUUGUGCGGUUUAAAUAAUAUAAAUAAUUUAUUUUUAAUUUAAAUAAUUUUUUAAAAUAUUUUUCUCCGCAAAUUCCUUUUUUUUUCUUCCUAUAUACGGCCCCAUAUUUAUAUUAUCACACUCGAUCCUAUUCAUCCAUUCCCCGAGGUGUAUUCACUCGGUUAAGAGAGAGAGAGAGGGGGGAGAAAAAAAGCAUAGGAGCACGCAAUCGCGUUAAAAUUGUAUUUUUCUAUUUUUCGAAUGAGCGUUGUGAAGUAUUAAAAGGAGAAAAAUUAAUCCGAAGCGUAUUUUGCAGCGCAAUUCUAACCACGUGACCCUGACAUGCUACAGAAGUGGAAUGCCCUUCAGAUUGUCCUUGUUACCAAGGUAACGGAUAUGCUACACGUGCGAUUCUUAAUUCCACUCGGGCUGAAUGGCUUUAGUAGAAUUCGUUUGUUAGAAAGGAGAGAGAGAAAGAGAAAGGGGGGAGUAAUAAUAAACCCGGCGCUAAAAAAAAAUGAGAUUAGAAAAGGUCUUUUAUGUUUGUGCAGUGGGAAAGUCGGUUAUUAAAAUCAUUUACGAAUGACUUACGAUUAAGCUAAAGGUGAAGUGGCUCGGAAUUAUCCUGGAAGAUGGCGACUGAGGUGUGUUACCCGCGUGACGUCGCGACUCAAACUGAGAAAGGCAAGAUCGGUCGGCUGCUAGAUAAUUCGUAUUGAUUACGAGAUCACGCCUAUCGGAAAUUCGUCUGCUGUCGCAAGUAACGCGGUUCGGUGUGCUUCUUACGCGUUGGUGUGUUUGGAGUGGUCGGGUGGCCCGUGACAGUGCCACGACACGUCGAGGGGCUAGUCGCGCUCGAGCGUUAGGCGCUGUUGUGUUGGAAAUGGAAUGUAAAAAUAGAGCGGAGAGUUGUGUCGAGCGUCGAGGACAAAGGUAACAGCAGACGAACAAAAACGCCCUGUGACGCACACUGAUCAUGCUCGGUAGCGCCUGCCACGUGCGCACAUGUCAGUGCGCAGUCCCUACUGUGUCAACAUGGCGGCUAGGUACGGGUUCUGCCACAGAUUGUCCACUCCCAGCCUCUAACUACGCCCAAAAAUCCAAUCACCGAUCGUUAAAAUCCAUCUACGGUAAAGCAAGGAGUGUCAGAGAACCGUUCGAUGCAUUUUGAUUGCCAUUAAAACGCGCAAAUCAUGGAAAACAUGGGUGAGCUGGGAGACCAACAAAUCAGCGAGCCAGGCAGUGUCAGCGAGCCAGUGGUGGUGGAGAACGUAGAGCCAGUCGACAGUGUGGAGAGUGUAGAGACGGUAGAACCAGCAGACUUACUUCCAACGCACGAUUUGGACACAGACAUAGAACGUUCGGACAGUGCGGGGGAAGACGUCAACGUGUCAUCUACCAUGAUAGAUACCACCGACUUCAGAUCCUUAACGGAGCCGAGCUAUCAAAGCUUGAACGGAAGGAUGUCUCCUGGGUUUACGACAGCGAGUAGUUAUGCUACGUUGACGCCACUUCAACCUUUGCCUCCCAUAUCUACCAUGUCGGACAAAUUCAGUCAUUAUGGGCAUCAUGGAAGUAACGUGAGUGGAAGUUUUACUCUGAUGCAGAAUACGCCUCUGGGCAUGGGUAUGAAUAGUUAUCAGUAUGACAAACUUGGUAGCAUGACCGGUAUGAAUAUGAGUCCUACACUGGGUGCUACACAUCAUUCGGCUAUGAUGAGUAGCAACGGUUUGGGAAGUCAACAGACUGGGAUACCAUCGCCUCCUUAUUCACAAAAUGGACUUCACUCACCUGAAAAAAGUAUGUCUCCUAAUGGUUACGACUCCUACGCACACCGUGAUCUUUCCAGGGGGCUUGGUUCACCGCAGAGUCCUACUGUUACCUUGCACACCCCCACUUCGAUGAUGCCGACACUCAACGGUUUGAAUGCACCCCAUACUCCACCUUCGAGUCAUCUUCAGGCACCCGGUUCACCUCCCGCACCUCACGAAAUUAAGCCGGCGACCACCCUUCACGCAUCUAUGCCAAGUCUCUCUCUUACCGCCCCCACACCCAGUCCAGCAGGGGUUCCACUAACUCAACCAAGUGCUCCUGUUCAAGCAUCGGUUCCAAAUCCUAUCGCUACGUCGACUACUUCUAUCGUCACCGCUACUAACAAUAACAACGCUAAUAGUAGCAAGAGCGUUUCUCCCGCUUCCAGUUCCAAAAGCAGCACAGCUGAUGACGUCGAAGAGAUCAACACCAAAGAACUGGCACAGCGGAUUAGCGCCGAACUUAAACGUUAUAGCAUUCCACAAGCUAUUUUUGCUCAGAGAGUCCUUUGUAGGUCGCAAGGUACCUUGUCUGAUUUGUUAAGGAAUCCAAAACCAUGGAGCAAGCUGAAGUCUGGACGAGAAACAUUCCGGAGAAUGUACAAGUGGCUGGAAGAACCAGAAUUUCAACGGAUGUCUGCUCUCAGAUUGGCAGCUUGCAAACGGAAAGAGGAACAGCAACAACACCAAAAGAACCCCAAUACGCCGAAGAAACCUCGUCUUGUUUUUACCGAUCUACAGCGACGCACCCUACAAGCCAUUUUUAAAGAGACAAAGAGACCUUCUAAAGAAAUGCAAAUUACAAUAUCUCAGCAAUUAGGUUUAGAGCUAAGCACAGUUGGUAACUUCUUCAUGAAUGCUCGUAGAAGAUCCCAAGACAAAUGGCAGGACGAAGAAAAAUCGAAAUCUGUCAACAAUGGUAAUUCGACUACCCCAUCCAGCACAUCCACUACAACCUCAUAACCUUUGAUCUUUACCAGCAUUAUAUAUAAAUAUAUAUAUAAAUAAUAAAUAAAUAUAUAUACGGUAUAUAUACAGUAUAUAUAUGUGUGUGUGCGUGUAUGUAUACCGAUCUAAAAAAAAAAAUAUUAAAAAAAUUAAUAGAUAAUCAGACGGAGAAAGCAGUGGCGUAGAAGGGAUACUUACUUGACCAGCUCAUGCACACCAGUAGCCAGUAGUGUCCUAGAUAUGUAUCUCUGCAUUAUGGACUAAGUUAGGCUAAGCCUGACCUUCCCAUUGGCUCAUACUGUAUAUUAGGCUGGCAAGAUUGCUAUUUUAGCCUACUGCAGGAUGCAAAGCAGCAUUGUUAUGAUGUUUGACUGUGACUAAUUAAUAACCGAUAGUCAAUAAGUGACAAAACAAAUUGUAAAACUUAAUAUAAUAUUAUCAUUUUAAUUAUGUUGUUAAUUUUGUAUGCAAAGCUCCAUAGAAUUAUACCUUUAGUGGUCUCAUCAGGGUCGUGACAAUAUUCUACAAAGCUCAAAGUCGAAAGUGCGUUAAAUAAAUAAAUAUAUAUAUGUAUAUGGAUAUAUAGGUAUAUACAUAUAUAUAUAUAACUAUAUAUGUAUACAUAUAUACAUAAAGAAUCUCAAAACGACAUUCCUAUCAUAGCCACAAAGGGUGUUUGUUGCACCGCAUCUGUAAUGUCAUGUAUAGCCUGUGUAGAAUAUGUUUAUAUAAUGUGUAGAAUAUGUUGCUGUGCAUUAUUACACUUACAAGUUCAUUCCCUACGAUUCAUGAUCAUGCAAUCAUAGUACUGUUAAUCCAUAACAA